UUCCGACGCCCUUGGAUUAUUUGUGCGUCCCUUGCGCCGAUUCGUCCAUCGGCACGCAUCCUACCUAUCUCAUUCCUUUCCCGUCUUUUUUCUAGUCGAUAAUCGUCGUUCCCGCAUUGUUCAUCGCUUGUUUCGCUCUUCCUUCCUCUCCUGAUUAUCCAUUUGUCUAUCUGGUCGUCGCAUCUUCGUUUCAGUUAAUUCCGCUCUUCAGUUAUCUCACCAGAGAACAAAAACGUUACAUCAAUUUUCGUCUGCUCUCAUAUCAUCGAUAUCCGCUUUUUGCAUCAUUUCAUUUGUCUUCGACCAUCGACCAUCGACUAGCGCACUUUGAUUUUCUUCCCGUUCAUGUCGCGCAUUGACUCGCAUGAAUACGAUAGCCCUCCCGGCUUGGGGUUCAUGCGCAAUCCCGCUGAGAGGGAAGCCCUGAACGCACCCUAUCGCGGCAGUACUCCAAAGCCUUCCUUUUCAUCUGUGGACCGUAGGACAUCGGAAACGCAUACCAGCUACCCGUUAUACGCAAGUACUGUGCCGAGGUCAAUGGGUAUGGAUUGGGAGCCUUCAUCUGCAUGGGAAACAUCUCGACCAAACACAAACAAUGCUCAGACACAAGCCCCUACAAGUUCACCCUUCUCUCUCUUCAACCAUCACCAUCCCUCUUCCUCACCGUCGUCCUCGUCGUUGUUCUCGCUCAACGACCGCGUCGACAGAGAUACCUUUCGUGCGACCCGUCAUUCUCCUCCCGUACCCCUAGCGCAGCCCGCCGCGUCUAACACAUCUCGCUCUACUCUUUGGUGGGGCGAACUAGAGCCUUGGAUGGACGAAGAAUACGCCAAGCAGGUCUGCUCACUAAUGGGCUGGGAUCCGGUAGGCAUCAAGGUACCUCAUCCAGCCCCUGACCCCGCCACCGGCCAGCAGGCCAACAAUCCCGGCUACUGUUUCCUCACUUUUCCUACCCCUGCGCUCGCCGCUUCUGUGCUCUCUCAGAUCAAUUCCCCCAACGGCGGGUCCGCUCUCACCAUGCCGAACUCGACAAAACCCUUCGUCCUCAACUGGGCGUCUUCCGUCCCUUCGACUACCCCAGUCACAGCCUCAUUCUCUACUCCCAACAUUCUUGCCUCCCCUCAGUAUCCGAAGGAGUAUAGCAUAUUCGUCGGAGAUCUGGCCCCAGAGACAUCCAACUCGGACCUUGUUGCCGUUUUCCGGAAUCCAGUACUCGGUCUUCGUAGCGAUCGAGAACCCAAGUUCAUCCGUCCCUUCCUCAGCUGUAAGAGUGCCAAAAUCAUGCUGGAUCCGGUUACCGGAGUCUCGCGGGGCUAUGGCUUUGUGAGAUUUACCGACGAAAAGGACCAGCAGCGAGCUCUCAUUGAGAUGCAUGGUCUAUAUUGUCUCUCACGACCAAUGAGAAUAUCGCCAGCGACUGCCAAGUUCAAGCCCCCUCCCAUGAUGCCUCCUCAUGAACUUCCUCAAGUUAAAUUUCCACCCACAUCUGGUGUCGGUGGUCAAGAACAGGCUGGCGUCACCAUCGCCGUGCCUCUACCCGCUCUGACUCAUACGAAGAGCGUUUCUGCCCCUAUUGCUGCGACUACCUCGAACUCUUCCCUUAACUCUGCUGGCUUGGGAACUUCCAUGGAAGGCUCGAAUUCUGGGACGACGCUUAGCCCAGGUACCGGGUCCAACGCAGGCAUAUCAUCCACGUUCAGCGCCAAUACUGCCGAGGACAUGAUGAAUCUACCCGAGCAUGUUCUAGCCCAAAUUGCCCAACAGUAUGCCAGCGGUGAACGGGAACCCCCCAAGACCAAUGCGGUGUCUACUUCAAUCACGUCUCAGUUUGCGCAAGAUCGGGCUCAGAGGCCAGCGGAUUCAAGCGGGCCUCGAUAUUUUUCGGAAGAGUCGUGGAAGCAUCAUGCACAGGCUCAGGCUAUCCUUGGGAACCUCAUAGGUCCCAACGGGGAGCAGCUUACAUCAACUGACCCAUACAACACGACGGUCUUUGUUGGAGGACUGUCGCCGCUCAUCUCCGAGGAUACUCUUAGGACGUUCUUCGCGCCGUUUGGUGACAUCCAUUAUGUCAAGGUUCCCGUUGGUAAACACUGCGGUUUUGUUCAGUUCGUUCGCAAAUCAGAUGCCGAACGAGCCAUUGAGAAGAUGCAAGGGUUUCCUGUGGGAGGCAGUCGGAUUCGUUUGAGCUGGGGUCGCAGUCAAUAUAAAGCAGCCCAGGCUGCUGCUCAAGCGGCGCAGACCGCUGCAUUACAAAGUCAGAUGAGCUCCUUUAUGAGCCCUCUUUCAUCAGACCAGGCUGUUCAUGUUCUCUCAAGGCUGGGAUAUCUCACCCCUCCAAAAGACAACGUUUCAUUUUCGAUAGAGGACAGGUUGCAAUUCCUCGGUCUCCCUGGGGAUAUCCCGCAUCCCUUUGACACGAAUUAUGCGCCGGCUGUCUUCGCAACCGAUACCUCGCCUCCGGCAGUGCCACACUUCGCCCCGUUCUCACCCGAACCCAGUCUUUUUGCACCAGAGUUGAAGCGACGCGACUUGUACCCUCAUAAUGACAUACAUUCCUAUUCGUCAAAAACCUUUGCGUCCGGGUUCUAUCCCAUGUCAUCUGAGGACGCAAAAGGGCAUGAAGCGGAUACUGGGAGUGGGACUACAAUAACAAAAUCUUCUUCUGCGACUCGGUCUGGAGGCGGUACAAGGUACGGACCAUUCUUGAGCAAUUCUCCUCCUGCCAACCGAGCCCCUGGACGCCCUGAACGCCCUAUCUCACGACCAUCGUCGGGGCAAACGUCGGCGCGAGAGAAUGUUGCACAGGAGUUGGAUGCCAUGUACGAUCUGAAUGGUACUUUGGCCAGCCUUGACUUAGAUCGUGAUCGACCUUGGAAGUCUCCCUCCGAGACUUCGGAUAGCGGAGGAUCAGUUCAGUUCCAAUUAACGAUGAACGGAUCUCCCUAAUGGCUGUCUCACCUUUUCUUCAGCAUGUUUUCACGAUUCGAUUCACCACGAGCACAUCUUUGUCCCACGUUUAUUCCCAACGGAUGUAACGUCCUCAUCGCGACGCAUAUUUCUUAUCUUAUGGUUAGAGGUGUUUUGUUUUCAUUGCUACGUCUAUGUUUCGCUAUCCGAAUUCCUUAUAUUUUUGUUUCCUACUCUCUUGCGUACGAAAGCGAGACCCUUUUAUACGCCACGCCCCAAGCUUUGCAUUUUAAUGGUGUUGCAUUUUAUUUAUAUAUCAUCUCUCUGUCUCUGUCUCUCUUCGCUAUCAGACUCGAAUUCGUUUUCACAAGUACAUACACAUCAUCCAUCCUAGCUCCUCGUACAGUCCUAACGUUUUGUUUUGUUGUCUCUGUAUCGGAAAUAUCUCUGUCUUUAUAUAAACUCGCGCCUGUUUCCAGUAGCCAUGGUAGUAAUAUAAAUUCAAUUCAACUCUG